AUGUCUUGGGAUAGAACAUGCUGUAUGUCAACAGCAUCAUCAUCAACUGGUAGUGGUUCAUCAUCAACAUUCUCACCGUCAUCUUUAACACGCGAUUAUGACAUACCACCUCCACCACCAUCAUCAUCAUCGUCAUCAUCAUCUUCUUUUUUCUUCUUUUCUUCCUCUGAUUAUAUCGAUGAACAGUCUACAAGAGAACGAGAAGAAAACAAUUCUUUACCACCACCACCACCAUCAUUAUCAUCACUACCACCAAUUUACAAUUAUCAUCCACAUAUUUAUUCUCCUGUAUUUGCUUCACGUGCUAAUGUAUCCGAUAUAUGUUCAUGCAAUAGUACAAAUACUCAAAUACCGCCAUAUGAUAUAUCUUCUUCUUUUCAAUCGCCAUUUCUAUAUGAACAAUAUUUAACAUCAUUAAAAAGUGAACAGUCUGAUCAUUUACCAUAUUUAUUUGAUAAUAUUAUAUAUCCUCAACCUUGUUCACCACCUUCACCAACAAAUGAUUCAAUAACAUAUUAUCAACUUGAUCAUGCUAAUACAACAACAAUAAUUAAUAAAUUUCCUCAACGUUCUCAUGUACAAACAAUACAACCAAUAACUUAUCAACAAUUAUCACUUGUUGAACCGCCAUCAUCAAAAAUUCAACAACAAAAAUUACCAAUUGUUAAACGUUUUUAUUAUGAUUCAAAUAUGUCAAAUACAACAACAACAACAAUUCUAACAACAACAACAUCGAUUGUUACAAAUACAAAUGAUAAUGAUCAUAUAAACCUACCAUAUGCUCGUCUUGAUUCAAUUUAUUUUGGAACCUAUGAUAUUUGGCAAGAAAGAACAAUUGUUGGAAGAAAAAAUAAUAGGCGAGAAGUCGAUGUUAAUAUGGGUUCAACAUCCGUUGUUUCUCGUAUACAUUUUGAAUUAUUACUUGUUAAUAAUAUUGAAUUUCAUCUGAAAUGUCUCAGUAAAAAUGGAAUCUUUAUCAAUAAUAACUAUGCAAAAAUGUUUUCAACAACUGUCUUACCUAAACAAUGUACUUUUCGUUUUCCAAGUACUGAUUUAUGUAUUUCAUUUUCAUCAUUACUUAAUACUAAUAAUAAUAAUAGUUCCAUUAGUCGACCAUCGACUGAAAGUAUUUCAAGUCAAAUAUCAAGUGAUACUAUACAACAACGUUUAUCAUCAUCAUCUUCAAUGGAUACAACACCUUUAGUAUCACUUCAAUCUGUUCCAAGUAUCAAAACUGAACAACAAGUGAUUCUUGUUUCUGAUAAUCAUCAAAUUGAAGGAUUAAUUAAAGAAGAAAAUCUUCCGCCAUUAAGUAUUAAUAUAUCAAAUUCAUUAUCAAAUGAAUUAUCAUUUUCAGCUGGUAGUAAUAUUGAACAGAGAAGCUUUCAACAUGAAAGUUCAUCAGGAAAUAAUCAUUCUUUUCUAGGUUCAUCCAUUUCCUCUUGUUCAACAAGUCCAAAAACUGAGCCCAAUGAAAGCCAACCAAUAAUAAAUUCACCAAAUAUUCAACGAAUUCCAUCGAAUGGAAACGAUUAUAGUCAACAAGAACACGAUAAUAAUUCUAAAAAUGGUAUUAAACCUCCAUUUUCAUAUGCUCAAUUAAUUGUUCAAGCUAUUCUAUCUGCACCUGAUAAACAAAUGACAUUAAGUCAAAUAUAUAGUUUCAUUUCCGCUCAAUAUCCAUACUAUGAAGCAAAUAAUCGUGGUUGGCAGAAUUCUAUUCGACAUAAUCUUAGUUUAAAUCGUUAUUUUAUUCGUCUUGCUCGAAAAGAAAAUGAAUCUGGUAAAGGAAGUUUUUGGCGUUUAGAUCAAACAUGUGAAGAAAAAUUAAUUGAUCAUGCAUUUCGUCAUCGAAAACAACGUACAAAUUCUAAUCAUAUUCUAAUUAAUUCAAACAUUAAACAUGAAUCUGAAGAAAUUCAUUCUCCAAUUAUACAGUAUUGUAAUGAUCAAACAGAUUUUCUAUUAGCUGAUAUUCAAACAAGUAAUUCUUCAACAUCAUUAUCAUCAUCAUUGACAAGUCCAUUAAAUGAAGAUUAUAAACGAAAACGUGAGGAUUUAAUAAAUUAUGAAAUUGAAAUCUUAUUAAAUUCUCUUAUUGAUUCAAUUCAUAAUGAUAAAACAGUUAAACGUCAGAAAAUAUAA